UGAUUAUUCUGUUUUCACCAGUGGAACCUCGUGUGUGACAUGGCUGUAUAUGUUAGCUUGGUAAAUUCUCUAACCUUCAUAUUGUGGAUUUUUGGGAGCAUGMUAGCAAGUAUACUAAGCGACAAAUACGGCAGAAAGACAAUUGCUUUCCCUUUUUGCAUGCUGGUCUUUUCUUGUGGAUUUGCAUCUGCUUUCGCAAAGCAAUAUUGGGUUUUUGCUCUCCUUAGAGGUCUUAUUGGAGUUGGCAUAGGUGGUUCUACGGUCACCAGAUAUAUAUUAUUAAUGGAGUACGUGGGAGUUCGUCGACGAGGUSUUGUGGGGAUUGGUAUAUUCUAUUUUUGGGUAUUUGGGUGCAUGUUGCUAGCGUUGCUGGSAUAUCUAAUUCCUGAUUGGCGUACACUGAGUCUCGUCACCAGUGCCCCUGGAUUGAUUUUCUUCCUUUUCUGGUGGUGCAUGCCAGAGUCACUUCGAUGGCUUUUAUUGAAAGGAAGAAUAGACGAAGCACAAAAGACCUUGAGAAAAGCUGUUCAAGUGAAUGGAAAAAAUCUAAGUGAUGACAAUCUACUUCUAAAAAAGAUUGAAGAAAACGAAGAAAACGAAGAUGUAAAGAGAAAAGGGAAAGGAGAUAUCAGGGAUCUGUUUGUUUCACGUUCGAUGCGGGUUAGAACUUUGAUUUGUUGGUUUAGUUGGGUCACCUGUGGUAUGGUGUACUAUGGAAUUAUUCUUGGUUCCCCAGCCAUCGGUGGCAACAUGUAUUUUAACUUCUUUAUCUCUGCUGUAUGUGAAGCGGUUGCUAUGGUGUUAGGGAUAUUUGGUCUGGACAGAUUUGGACGUAAGAAGACUAUUGCUGUUAGUCUGUGGAUAUCUGGUAUUGCUUUACUUACUUCUGCAAUACUGGCCUUCUACGACGAUGGUAGCACUGGAUAUCUUGCUGGUAAAGUGCUGAUGGCAAUGGGUAUUGGAAGAUUCUUCAUCAUCAUCGCGUUCGAUGGUGUUUUUGUUUACACGUCCGAACUCUUCCCCACUGUAAUCAGAAAUACAGCCAUUGGUUCUAGCAGUUCUAUGGCUCGUGUUGGAUCAGGUCUCUCCCCAUUCCUUCUCUACACGCAAAGAAUUCAUCCAUUAAUGACGUUUGGCAUUAUGGCGAUAUUCUCUUUGGUCAGCGGUAUCUUGUUCUUUGCACUCCCAGAAACUCUUGACAAACAAAUGGCAGAUUUUGUUCAAGUGGAUCUUCGUGACCCGGACGUUAAAACAUCUCAUGAACCCAGUAAAGCUACUAAUACAGAGCUGUAAUCUUACCACAACUAUUUAACAAAUAGAUCUCAUUUUUCCGUGCSUGUGUACUCUAAUAGAUACACAGAUGACGUCAAAAUGUAGUGAGAACAAAAAAGUAC